AUGCUGGCGCUGCGACGUCCGCUCCAUGAGGCAUCCGCCUCCUAUGCGACUCGCUCAGGCAUCAGCCUCUCGCAGCAGCAGUCAAAGCCUCUUAUCGUCCCUACUGCUCGCUGUUUCCAGUCUGUGGGGCUCAGCAGUGCGCUGUCCGACCGAUUGGCCAUUUUGGGACUUUCCACUCCCACUUCUGCCCAAUACAAAGCCAUUCCACGCAUUCUAUCGGGCGAGGACGUAGUGGUGGCCGCCGAGACAGGAGGUGGCAAGACGCUGUCCUUCUUGCUGCCUGUAGUGGAGCAGCUACGUCGGAACCUGCUGCCACCGAGCGAAAUGCGCCUUCCAGCCGCUUUGGUGCUCACCACGUCACAGGAACUUGUGCGACAGCUGGCCGCUGUACUGCAUCAGGUGGACCCGGAGCUUGCGCGGCUUGCCGUGAGCUUGUCCUCCUCAAGACAAACUCUGGGUCACGGCAGCCGCGCGUGUCCACUCGUCCUCGCCACACCCACCGCUCUACUGCGUGCCACUAAACCCAGAGACUUUGCCUUCACCCAGACAGUCGUAGUGGACGAGGCCGACAUGUUGCUGAGCGGUGGCUUUGAGAAGGAGACCAAACAGAUCCUCGCUACAAUUCGCAACCAGCCACUGCUGCGUGCAGAGCUCAACAGUGUCAACGAGGAGCAAAAGGACCGAGAAUUUGAUGACAAAGACUAUUCCAAGGACCAAACCCAGACCAUUUUCAGUGCUGCGACCAUCCCGGACUACGGCAAGCGAUCAGUACGCCAUUAUAUCGACUACAAGUUCCCGUCCGCCGUCUUUGCUAUCACUGAGGGUUUCCAUCGGACGCUUCCGAAAUUGACAUUGCGCACGCAUAACCUGCAAGAAUUUAUGACACGCGGCGGUGACUUCAUGGACGAGCGACAUGCUCGCUGCGACCUCUUGUACCAGAUUUUAGCAUCUGAAGAAGGUGGUAAAAAGACGCUGGUGUUCACUAACUCGAUCGCCAGUGCCGACGAGCUCUUGGAUUUCUUGGAGAAUGACAAGGAAAUGGCCAACUGUGCUCUGUUCCACAAAGAAGUGGCCCGUUCAGAACGGCAGAAGCUUCUAAAGCGACUCGACAGCGACGAUGAGACCGACAAAGACCUCGUCGUCAUCUGUACUGACAUCGCAGCACGAGGCCUGGACACAACCAAAGUGGGUCACGUGGUGCAAUUCGAGUUUGCCAGCGACGUGGUGAGCUACUUGCACCGCAUUGGACGCACGGGACGUGCAGGCACAGCAGGGACCGUAACUAGCAUCGAGUCGUCCGAGAACAGCCUCGUAUUAGAGAAGAUCCGCGAGGCUGGGGCGUCCACACUACAGAACGCCUUCAGUCGUAAGCGCAGUCUCCGAAAGAAGUUCAAGAAGGCGACUAAUAGACCUCUGAAUAGAGAAUUGUAA